AUGAAGUGGCUUUCGAUCACUUUGGCUCUCGCCGGGCCUUCACAAGCGGCGCUUCGUUUUGGAUGCUCGACCCUUACCAUCCAGCGUCUUGACCCUCUUGUCGAGCCUGGCAGGCUUCCCUCGUCACACGUCCACCAGAUCGUCGGUGGAAAUGCCUUCAACGUCUCCAUGGCGGGUGACAUUGGCGAGCAAGGCACCUGCACGACAUGCACAUUCAGCGAGGACUUUUCCAACUACUGGACGGCCGUCAUGUUCUUCAAGCAUCAGAAUGGCACCUACAAGCGUGUGCCCAUCAUGCAGAAUUCGGCUCUGCCCAACGGUAUAAAUGGCGGCAUGACCGUCUACUAUACGCAGCAGGACUUUAACUCGAACGGAAACCAGAAGAUUACUUCCUUCAAGCCUGGCUUCCGUAUGACUGUCGGCUCCCCCACCACCAACAGUCUCAACGACGCCAAGGGACACGUUGGGCUGCGCUUUGUGUGCUUGACCGACAAGAACACGCGCUUCCCCGAGUUGCCUGACUUCCCAACUAAGCCCUGCAAGGGCGGCAUCAUGACGGUGCACCACUUCCCGUCAUGCUGGGACGGCAAGAAUCUCGACUCGCCCGACCACCAGUCACACAUGUACAACACGGCCAAGGAGGCGUUCUCCCCAGCCGGCCCCUGCCCAGCGUCGCACCCGGUCCGUAUGCCGCAGGUGGCGUACGAGACGCUCUGGGAUACUACCCAGUUCAACAAUAUGUGGCCUAAAGACGGAUCCAACCCCUUCGUGUUGAGCUAUGGCGACAACAAGGGAUACGGAACCCACGCGGAUUACGUGUUUGGAUGGAAGGGUGACUCGCUCCAGAAGGCCAUGGAUUCGAGCUGCAUGUUUAACGCUUGCGAGAACGGUCGCCCGUUGAAGUCUCAGAACGUCCAGGCAAUGAACAAGUGCGCCGUCAAGAACAUGGUUAACGAGGAUCUAAAUUCUUGGCUCAAAGUGCUCCCCGGCCAGGCCAUGUAA